AUGCAAGGAUGCCAGGUUCGCUUCCUGCUGUGCGUCGGCAACACGCUCGUGUCUCUUUGCGAGGAGGGCCGCCUCAAGGGUUGGGAUCUCAAGCACCGCCCCGACGGCAAGAGCAAGGGGCCCCGCGGGGGUCCACAGGGGGGAGGGGAGGGUGUCGUGGGUAAACCGACCUGCGACGCGGCCUUGGAAGGGGGCUUCGUGCCGACAGCGCUGGCGCACCCGCCGACGUACCUGAACAAGGUGGUGGUGGGCUCGGAGGGAGGAGCCUUGCAGCUGCGAGUGCACUCCUUCCAAAGCUUGGACCCUAAGGGUGCGACGGUGAGCUGUAUCGAGCCGUCCCCCGCCCUGGACGUGGCAGCCGUUGGCCUCAGUGAUGGCCGUGUACAGGUGCUCAACCUCAGGACCGACCAGCUACUGAUCAGCUUCAAGCAGGAGGUAGGCGUCACCAGCAUGUCCUUCAGAACGGACGCCGCGGCGGCCGAACUGCCGCUGCUGGGUUCGGGCGGGGGGGACGGGCGCGUGUGCCUGUGGGACCUCAAGGAGCGGCGCCUGCACCACACGAUGGGGGCCCACGAGGGGGGCAUUGCCAAGCUGCAGUUCUUGCCCAGGUGGGCAUGGAGACACGUUUGGGAGUAG